AUGCCUGUAAUCCCCAUUCCCCGCCGUGUUCGCUCAUUCCACGGCCCUCACACUACCUGCCUACAUUCCGCCUGCGGACCGGUUCGGACCACGCACCUAGUGCGCACCAAGUACAACAACUUUGACAUCUACCUGAAGUCCAGAUGGAUGUAUGGAUUCAUCCGCUUCCUGCUGUAUUUCAGCUGCAGCCUUUUCACUUCCAUCCUCUGGGUGGCACUCUCGAUCUUGUUUUGCCUUCAGUAUCUUGGCAUCCGAAUAUUCCUACGCUUCCAGUACAAACUGUCCAUCAUCCUGCUGCUGCUAGGGCGGAGGCGGGUCGACUUUAGCCUCUUGAACGAACUGCUUAUUUAUGGGAUUCAUGUAACCAUGCUGCUUGUCGGUGGACUCGGCUGGUGUUUUAUGGGUGUUUAUAGAUAUGUAAAUAAAUGCAUGCCGAUGAAGAACACUGUUCUUUGGCAGAUGAAGUAUGAGCUGUUCUUGUGUUUUUCUUUUAUUUAUUGA